AUGUCUUCCAAAACCGAGCUCGAUCCUCUCCUGCCCCAGAACGAACCGGCGCCGGAGAUCCAGGGGUACGGCUUCUCCAGAUACAGGGGCUACGAAGGCAUACAGCCUGCAAAAGAAUAUAAGGAGCCUUCGAGGCAAUGGAAUGAAGAGAUUCAGCCUGGAGGGGAGGGUGGAGAUGCCGGGGAAGAGGAGGAGGAGGAGGAUGAUGGACAGGCGUUUGAAUCUACAAAGGCGGCAUUGAAUAGGAUCGCCUCGAUUUUCUUCGUCGUGGUCUUCUUUGGUCUUGUGGUCACUUUCCUGAGCGGCCGCUCUGGUGACAGUGGGUGGGAACCCAAACCGACACCGAGACCCAGACCUCUGCCCGGCCCAAAUCCGCGUCCAGGUCAGACGAUCGAGGAACGAGCGCAGGCCAUCCUCGCCCACACGCCCUUGAUCGACGGCCACAACGACCUGGCCAUCUUCAUCCGCGGCGCGUACAAGAAUAAAUUGCACACCAAGGAAUUCCGGGACAAGUUUGAAAACGGAGACAUGGAGUUGAACGUCGACCUGCCCCGACUUCGCAACGGAAGGGUGGGCGGGGCGUUUUGGAGCGCCUUCGUCGUUUGCCCGGAGAAUGCGAGCGAGGACUUUUCAGACGAGCAGUAUGCCUCGGCUGUGGCGCACACAUUGUCCCAGAUUGAUCUGAUCCGUCGAUUGCAAGGCGAGUAUACCGGGAACUUUACAUCGGCGACCUCGCCGCUCGAUGUGGCGUUGGCAAAUUUCCACAGCUCGAGGCGCCUGAUCUCGCCGAUCAGUAUCGAGGGACUGCAUCAGAUUCCACAGUCGGCACCGCUGUCCACACUACGGCUGUACUAUGCCCUGGGCGUGCGGGCGGCGACGCUGACCUGGAACUGUCACAAUGCAUUUGCCGAUGCGGCGUUGAUUUCAUCUCUGAAGAACGGCACAAAAGUAGCCCCUUACCAUCGCGGUGGACUCACUUCGGCCGGGCGCGACGUGAUCCGCGAGAUGAACCGACUCGGGAUGCUUGUCGAUAUCUCGCAUACUUCAUACUGGACGCAGAAAGCUGUGUUGAGCAACAAAACCUCGGCGGCGCCCGUCAUAUACUCACACUCUUCGGCAUUCGCACUAUGUCCACACCCGAGAAACGUCCACGACGAUAUGCUAGACCUGGUCAAGCAGACAAAAUCCCUGGUGAUGAUCAAUUUCAGUCCCGGGUUCAUCUCAUGCUUGCCUCCGGCGAAUGAGACCGUGUUGCCGGAGUUCUAUGAGAAAAACAAUACCUUGCACCAGGUGGCGCGACAUGUCAUGUACGUGGGCGAGAAGAUUGGUUAUGAUUAUGUCGGCUUGGGCAGCGACUUUGACGGAAUGGGUGAGCUGACUCCCAAGGGGUUGGAGGGAGUGGAUAAGUAUCCUGAUCUGAUUGCGGAGCUGUUGAGGCUGGGUGUCAGUGAUGCAGAUACCGCGAAGAUCGCUGGAGGAAACCUCAUCAGAGUAUGGAAGGCCGUGGAGGCGGUUGCAAAAAGAUUGCAGCGGCAGACCCUGGAGGGCGAGGACGAAGUGAGCGGGUGGUAG